CCGCCCGCAGAUCCAGCUCGAUGCCCUAACCGUGCCCACCGGAGUCUCGAUCCCCUCCCAGCGAGGCUCUGGUUCUCCAUCUCCAGCCAUGGAGCAUCCUAUAAUCCAGCAAGCUGUGGAGCAUCUUGACGAGCGUGAGGAGGAGGAUAACAAUAACAGCAUGAAGGUGGAGGCGGCAUUUGAGGGGGUGCACACACCGUUCAGGUACAAGCACAAGAAGAGGUCCAAGGUCUGGGAGGAGUACAAGCCCAUCUUCCAGAAUGGGAAGGUUCAGUUCGCGGAGUGCCUGUACUGCCGCAGUCGCAUGAGCUGCAAGGAUUCCAACGGGACGAGCCAUCUGUGGCGGCAUCAGAAGAUCUGCCCGGCCAAGGUGGAAGUGGCGCAGCGGCGGCAGAAGGACUCCUACUUCCCAUAUGUUUUGGUGAAUGAGAAUGACCCGGUUACACCAAAUGAUCCGGUUGAUCAGAUUAUCACAGAGACACUUGAGGACAUAAACUUAGUAAUCCCCAGCAGAUUCAAGUCGAAGGUGUGGAAGGAGUUUAAACCUAUCUAUGCCGAGGGAAAACUCCAGGCUGCGGACUGCAUUCAUUGCCAGAAGCGCCUCAGCGCAAAUAAGUUUGGGGGGAGAAGCCAUCUGAGUCGACAUCUUCAGACCUGUCAAGCACGAAGUGGAAGGGGGCACAAUCAUCAGAAGGGCAUGUUUUAUCCUUGUAGUGUGCCUAAUCUGAAGUCCAGGGGGCAGGAUGAGCUCUCACCUGCCUUGACAAAUGGAAAGGUUCAGAUUGCAGAAUACUCCAGCAAGUUCCUCAGGUCUAGUAGCUCUGGUGACACUUCCCCUAUAGUCCGGCCCAUUCAAGUGGUGCCGGCACAUCAACCUCUGCCAUCACCAGAUUUUCCAAGCCUGAAGAAACCGAGGACCUCAUUUAUGACUACAACGACUGACACAGGCACAAGGAAGGUUGGUCAUGAAACAGCUUAUCAAGAGCUAGCCAGAAUGAUAGCUUCGCAUGGUUAUCCUUUGUCAAUUGUAGAGCACGAAGAAAUGAGGAGAUUUGUAAAGAACCUCAACCCUAUGGUUUACACAGUCUCUCGUAAUGAUAUGGAAGGACAUUGCUGUGCUCUAUUUCAGAAGGAAAAGGCGAAUCUUAAAGAUAAACUUGCGUUUUCCUCCCGGCGUGUCCCUCUCUCAGCAAGCAUUUGGACUCCUGAUGGAGCCGAGCCAACAGUAAAUUACCUUUGUUUGACAGCACAUUUUAUUGAUGAAGACUGGAAAGUUCGCAGAAUGAUAAUCAAAUUUGGCAUGUUUUGGUCCUCACCUACUGAUGUGGAAAGGAUGAUACAUUGUAAGGAGGCUUGUGUCCCAGAGUCUGAAAGUGGAGCAUACAAUGUCAUAUGGGAUGCCAUUAGAGAUUGGAAUCUUGAUCAGAAGCUUUUGAGCUUGACUUCUGUUGGUGAGGUUAGGAAUGAUGCAAGUACCUCGAAGCUGAAGGAAAUGCUUGUAGAGAAGAAGUGCCUUCCUAUCAGAGGCAAGAUAUACAAUAUUGCUUGUGUGGACGAUAUCCUUAAUAGUAUUGUUUCCAAAGUGCAACAAAAUAUCCUUCGCCUUGUUGGUGACUUGGUAACGGACUUUUUUGUGGCACGUACAUCUUCAUCAUUGACCCAACAACAUCUUCUCGAAGUCAUUUCACAGAUGAGUUUGAAGUGUCCACGGGAAGAUGCUAAAUGGUGGCACAAAAUUUAUUUUAGGCUUGAAGUUCUUUUACAUUUCAAGAAGUCAUUUCCUUCUGAAGAAGUGGUGUCUCCAGAAGAUAUCAAGGUUGCUGAGUCUGUUUGCAAGAUUUUGAGGGUGUUUUAUCAUGUUAUUGAAGUCAUUUCUAGCCCUAGCUCUCCGACAGCAAAUAUGUACUUCAAUGAGAUUUGGAAAGUGAGGACAGUUUUUCAAGAAGAAGCAUCAAAUGAGCAUGGAGAAAUCGCUACAAUGGUUAUGGAGAUGCAGGAAACGUUCAACGAGUAUUGGAAAAGUUCAUACUUGUGGUUGUCAAUACCUGUCAUUCUAGAUCCUAGAUUCAAAAUCAGUUUCAUUGAGUUUCGUCUGAAACGAGCUUUUGGAACAAAUUCAGCAAACUUCUUAUCUGACAUACGUGAAACAGUCCGGGAACUCUUCAAUGAAUACUGCAAUUCUAUGGAUCACCUGAGUGGAGAUGCUUCAAAUGGUGAAGCGUUUGAUGCAGUCGAUAAUGAUUCAUUGGAGGAUUGGGAUCAGCAUCUCAAUGAACAAGCAAGCAGUCAGAUAUCUACAGAACUUGACAAUUACUUUGAGGAUGGGUUAGUUCCAAGAAAAGACGAUUUUGAUAUUUUAAACUGGUGGAUGUGCCAUACCACAAAGUACCCUACGCUUGCAACUAUCGCACAGGACAUCUUGGCGAUGCCAGCAUCUGCUGUCCAAUCUGAAGCAGCAUUCAGUAGCAGUGGACAAGUAAUUCCAAAGCAUCACAGUACACUAAGCAUCAAGACCAUUGAGGCACUCGUUUGUACUCGGGAUUGGAUGAGAUAAAGCGGGCCAUGCCAUGCUGCAGUGGAGUACAGAGGUGGGUUGCAGUUUUGGUCGCUGGAAGACCUCAAGCAGUGUCAAUGGCGCUUUCAACCGGAGGUGGCUCUGCCGAUGACCAAGCCCUCGGCCAGGGAUUUGGUUGCUCUUGCUGACUUGUUUCCCGCUGAGAUGUAUAUAUUUUGCCGAUGCCGUUUGCUUGAUGUAGUCGGAUCCAGACCUACUUAUGCCUGUAUGACUUAGCGUAGGCUAAUGUCGAAGACUUGCUUUGUUGUGAUCUCUUAUCGAGUACAGUACUUGCAUGGACAUGAUUAAAGAGAA